AUGGACUCUUUGAAACCACACGAGGAUCCGUGGACGGUCUAUAAGGAGGAGACCCCCAGCACCACUCAACAUUUUGCUGGCUGGAGUGUGCGUCUGUUGGAGUCGCUGCAGUCGAGUCAUCUGAGGUCACUCAUGGAGUCGAUCUUUAGGCAGCGUUCACAAGAGCCAAUCGUGCGAGUCUUGGCUUUGAGUCAGUCUCCACCCAUGCGUUACAUCAGCGUCAGCAAGAGAGGGACUCUCAUCGUGUGGAACAGACAUCUGAACAACAUAAAGCCUCUGGAGAUGUGUGCCGGCCCCUUUAAUAAAAGGCAGUAUCGAAAGAGCUUCCAGGGCUGGACCACCGAUGCUGUCUACUUGGGAAAUGUUCACAAAAUUGCUGUUGCGACCCUGAACAGGGGCAUCCACUUCUUUGACGUUACCACCACAUGCAGUUUUGAGCAGGUUCACUUGUUCGGACUGAGUCAUGUUGCUACUGCUCUGUGUUAUUGGUAUGACACAGAGUUCCCUAAUAUCCCUCUAGGCUUCACUCCAGAGCAUGGCAGCUUUCCUCUGCUCCUCAGCCUGACCCCUGAUCCUGUGCUCCUGGUGACCUGCAGAGAAUAUCUGGCCACACUGCAUCUGCACAAGAGCGAAUCCAACAGCAGGUCUGGGAUUUACACCUCUGCCCUCUAUAAUCCUCAUCUUCAGCAGGUAAUCACAGCCUGCGCCGACUCCACAUUGACGGUGUGGGAUGUGAAGACAGGCCUUAAGAGGAUGGAGAUAAGGAACGCUCACGGUAAGGAGGAGGUCUCCUGUAUGGCACUAGAUGUACAUCAGCGCAGACUGAUCUCCGCCGCCACCAAUGGCACUAUCAAGGUGUGGAACUUACUGAAUGGCCUCAAUCUUCAUAAACUAGAAACCGUCUCCAAUGCAGAGGUCACCGGGGUCAUCUGUCACCAUGACAACCAGCUUCUAGCCACAGGCUGGAGUCGACUGAUCGCUCAGUAUAGCAUUGCAUUCUCAGAAGACAUCUAUGUAAAUGCAGACCUGUCCUGGAAGUCUGGUCGUCAGCACGGCGAGGAUAUCCUAGCCAUGGAUCACUGUCCAGGUCUGGGACUUCUGGCUACUGGGAGUUAUGAUGGAGAGAUCGUUAUAUGGAGCCUGGCUCUGCAGAAACCCAUCACACGACUGCAGACAAACCAGCAACAGAAAGCUCAUCGUCCUGUUCAUAGACUGCUGUUCUUGCAAAGACGAGCCCAGCAAAGUCAUCUGAGAAGCGGCGCUGUGCUUCUCAGCUCACAGAAUGGAUGUGUCUGCUGCUGGAGCAUCUCUGGGCCCAGACACAACCACGGACAGUUCUAUGCACCUGAUGGAUCUGAUGAGAGUGUGAUGGGUUUAAGCACAGACCAGGAAAACAGUCUACUUGUCACCGGAGACACAGCCGGAGUCAUUAAGGUCUGGGACAUCUCACAGUACGCCUUAUCCGCUGCAGAUACGCAGUCUGCAGAAGAUCUGCCCUCGCUGUUGCACUCUUGGAGGGGCCACGAGAGGGCGAUAGUGAGCAGCGAGCUGCUGGCGUACGAGUCUCAACUCUUCGUUCUGAGCAUCUCGGUGGACCGCAGGGCCUGUCUCUGGACCCCUCAGGGAAGUUGUGUGGGCUGUUUUGGACAGGAACAGCAGUGGGAUUUGAGCAACCCGGACACUUAUCAAACCAACAGAGAACCUACCAGUCCAAUCAAAGAGGAGGAGAGGACAGAGGACAGCCAAUCACGUGUCGGCGCUGGGAGUUUCAUCUGCUGGGGUGAAAGUUCAGAGGUCACUGGGACAAGCCUUAGUGCGGGUGAUAGUCAACAAACAGAAUUAGCUCUAGACCUGCAAAGAGGCCGUAUGGCUAGACCCCAGACCCCAGACUCUGAGCGCUGCAGCUCUAUGGAAAGGUUCCCGCUGCCUAAAUACAGUAAGGUUCUGUCUGGAGAGCAUGCGUUUAGGGAUCUGGAGAUUAAGAUGACUGCGCAGCAACGCAGGCCACGGGAGACUGGCCGAGAAAAGCUCUGUCGCUUCGGGAACGAGUUCAUGCCGCUUCAGGCUCUGGAGCUGCCGGAGAUCAGUGAGCUGAAAGAUGUACCUUUGAAGCCUUGGAGAUUGAAGAUACGUCAGAUUUCCUCCAGAGGAGCAGAGGCGAGCUCUCGCAUGCUCUCCUCUGAAGCUCCUCUGCAUUGUGAAACACUGGAGGACUAGACAGCCGUAUGACGGAGGACACAGGGUUUAUUUUUUUUACUGCAGGUCAGUGACUGUACACUGUUUUACACCGAAAUUCUCUGCCUUAACAGUUUAAUAGACAUCGCUUUUGUGCCACCAUUGUUCAGUCACGUCAAUGUUUGUAUGCAAUAUGUAUUAUUUAUUACAAUAUAGA